CGUCUUCUGCGGAUUUAUUUAACAACCUCUGACAUGUUGUACCUUCUUUCUCCUCUCCUCUCAUUCCAUUUCCUCUCAUCUCUCUCUCUCUUAUUUGUUGUUCCAUUGUAAAGAUCAUCAAUUAUUAAAUUAGUUAAUUUUCUUCUAAAGAAUAAGGACUAGUACCUAAAGAAUAAUCAAUAGUAACCAAAGAAUAAGUACUAGUGGAGUGGAUAUAGCUAAAAAAUAAAUAAAUAAGUAGGCCUGCUAGUAGCAUGAAAAUACAUUUUAAGGAUUAAAAGUUAGAAUGGCUUACUAUAAAAUGUGUGAUUUAUUUAGAUGAACUUGUAAUAUACUAAAGCACUAGCAACUAGAAAACUAAAAUUAUUAUCAAAACCUCCAGUGUUAUUUUUAAGGUCAUUUAGAGGAAAGACUGGCUAUACUUUCACAUGCUCAUGUCGUGGUUUUUGCAAGUGGAUCUUAAAAUAAACUACAGCUUAUGCGAUAAGCAAGGUAUACAGAAAGUUACAAAAAAGGGGAAAAACCUGUGUGUUGUGGCUGGGGCACAAUCUUCAUUUCAGUCAAAUAACUUGCUUGUUUGAUGUGAUAGUAAAUGUGAUUUAAAAUCAAGAAAUUGUUUUUCAGUGUAAAAUGAUAUUUGAUAGGCCUAAACUAAAUAUUUUGCAAUACCUUUAUGCAAAUUAAGAUUGCAUAGCAGUCAUUUCUGAAGUACUGUAGAAACUGUAGCUUAUGACAUCGCUGAUUAAAUGCUUUGUGAACGAGCUGGACAAGAAUAAUCUCUGGCACACUGCGCUCAUUAGUUUUGCUACAGGGCAUGCAUCUCACUAAGUUGAUCUCACUUUGACUUUGCUACAGGAUGUGGUAGUAGAAAUGGAAACCUGCUGUUUAAACUGAGGAAAUAACAUGUGAAGGACAUCAGCCUACACAUUCUCCAUCUCUGACUUGGACUUGCAAACUUGACAUGCAUCAUGUACAUUUCACAUCUUUGGAUAUUUUUUGGUGCUUUGGUGUCUUCACAUGCUCUGGAACGCUGGAACAGAUGUAAAGAGAUCAAAAUCAGCAACUCUCUGAAAUCGGAAGUCUUUCUCCCUUGUCACUUUAAUAAAAGCUUUGACAAUGAAACAGAGACAGUGAAAUGGAGCAACUCUUCCAAUGGAGCUACUCUUCUAACUAUCAUGAAAAAUGGUAAAAUCAUCUUUGAUACUCCUACAGAAGGACGAGUCAACGUUUUCCCGCUUCUGUUCAAUGACGGAAACUUCUCCAUCCUCAUCCGUGAUUUGGAGCCUUCAGACAUCGGCCCGUACUUGUGUGAGCUGAACCGUGAAUGCUGGAGAGUGGAGAUCACAGAACGUCUAAUUGAGAAACAUCGUGAUGACUUAAAUCCCUGGUACUACUUUGCUGCUGGAGCUGGAUUGUUUAUUCUCCUUUUUAUUUCAUUUAGCUUGUUUUCAAAAUUUUGUGGAAAGCAUACAAAUAAAUCAUCCAAAUCUAAUCCUGCUAGUGGAGUUCAGAGUGAAGGUAAUAACCACCCUGAGGAAACAAGGAAUACAGAGAGAAGUGAACAGAGAAACCAAAACAACAGGGGUCUGAGAAGAGGCUUUACAACUGUUUAUGAAAAUGAUGUACAUGCUCCAAAUCAAAGUUCUUCUGUGCAGCAGGGGCCACAUCCUCAGAGAGCUUUUAGACCCGCUCCCGUUCCUGAGCCAACUGCAAGUCAUCCUUCAGAUGUAAAACCAUACUAUGGUAAGACAACGUUUGUGUUUGGAAAAACUGUAUGUGCUAAGAAUGGAAAUAACCCAAAUAUCUGUUUGAAAUAUUUCAGUCAACCAGGCAGAGCUCUCCAUUCCAGGCAAUGCUGGCAAAAAACGGAAAAAACAAAAACAUCUUCAGUUUAAAAAUCCAAUAUAUGGAGACUGUGUUGAUUAGAAGUCAGGUUGUGAUGAUAGAAUCCAGCUCCACAGAAUCCAGAAUCCUCAUUUUUCAGUCAAUUUCUCAUUUCAAUCAUUGCAAACAGUUCAAUAUCUCAAUAAAUGCUGAUGUUUAACAUUGA